AUUAAUUAACUAGCCCCCACUAACAUCUUCUUAAUCAUCCAAUUUAAUACAUUACAGAAGGCAAACGGCAACAAUAUCAUCCUUGGGCAUAGUUUAAGAAUGCAGGCCAAAUCCUCCUUUUAUGUUCUCAUCCUCCUCAGAAGGUUUGAUUACCAACGCUAAUUUUAAGAAUCCAUAUGGUUCGUUCCGUUUUCAAAUCGUUUCUAAAUCUUCCUAAAUCUAUCUCCAUAUUAACACCUUCUGUUUAUCGCCCAAAUUCGAUCUCCAUCUCUAGCUCAUACUCAACUCCAAGAAUUAGCAAGAGAAUUGGCUCAUUCUUUUCUGCACCCGUUGGUGAGCAAUUUCAAGAAUUUGGGUCGUUAUUUUCAGCUAAAUACAGCACAAAUGGCUAUCUUCUCCCUCCCAACUUCAUAAAUGUGGUUGGUUGUUUAUAUGGAAUCGGUGAUAUGGAAAGCUUGUGCGAACCGGGAAAAAAGGGAAACUCUACAUUGUUACAAAUUAGGUCAUAAAUAAUGGGUAGCAGAAGUGCAAUUUCUGGGAGUGGUAGAUCACCCAAAUCUUGACAAACUUGGAAAUUGUGAUGUUGGCUUAUUUGCAUGAAGAAUUGGAAGUUCAGCUCUCUGCUUUACUUUCUGACAUAGGGAUUAAUAUCCGAGAAGCUCAUGUUUUCUCAACAAUUGAUGGGUACUCAUUAGAUGUAUUUGUGGUGGAUGGAUGGCCUGUUGAGAACAAUCAGGUAUCUGUUGAUGUGUUAUUGACUGACUUGGAAGAUUAUGAGGAUGAAGUACAUGUAACUAAUGGUGCUAAGAGUAGAAAACGAAGAAACCUAAUCAUAGAUGAUGAGGAAUUAAGCAUUCAAGACACAAAUAAGGUCAAGAAGUAAAGGGAUAAUUGUUGGUCAUAAAUGACGAGGAAUAAGUGUUCAUCACACAAAUAAGUUGAAGAUGUAGAGGGAUAAUUGUUGCUUCUGAUUGUUUUCUGUUUUUUGGGCUAAGUUUAGUUGUUUCGUCCUUUUAUAAUUUACACUUUAGUAUAAUAACUAGCCACAUUUGAGCUUAGUUAAGUUAUUUCGUCCUUUUACCAUUUUAAGUUUAGUUUAAUAAGUAGCUCCAUGUUAUCCGUAGUGAUAUUUUCAUACUUGUAUGGUUUUAUCCAACCUUAGACAACUUAUAUUAUUAAUCUAUUUCAUUGUUUGCAUAUGA